AUGCCGAUGCAUAAAGCAAAAACAACCAAAUCGUCACACAUGGCACCCUUACACCCGAUCGUUACAACAGCGCCCUUUAAGAUGAAAACAAUCGAUUUUAUGCACCUGGAACAGAGUUCAGGCGGAUACCAAUACAUACUCGUAGUGGUUGAUCAUUUCACCAAAUUCGCCCAAACAUACCCUACCAGAAAUAAGAAAGGAAAAACUGUCGCAGAUAUAAUCUUUAAUGAUUUUGUCCAGCGGUUCGGGUUUCCGGAAAAAAUACACCACGAUAUGGGCGGAGAAUUUGAGAAUGAGCUAUUCAAAUGUCUGGAACGGUUGUCUGGAGUGAUGCAUUCACGAACAACUCCUUAUCACCCCCAAGGAAACGGAUUGGUCGAAAGUAUGAAUCGAACACUACUAAGGAUGCUUCGAACUCUCCCCGAAGCUUACAAGUCUCGAUGGAAAGACCAUCUCAGUAAGCUGACACACGUAUACAACUGCACAGUCCAUGAAUCGACAAACUACUCCCCAUUUUAUUUGCUCUUUGGACGUAGCCCAAGAUAACCAAUCGAUUUGAUGUUUGACUUACCACGAACAUCCGAUACGACAUUACACUCGGACUAUGCAUCAAAAUGGAAGACUGCAUGCUACUGAUGCAACAAGCCUAUACACUUGCAACACAAGGCGACUUCAAAGAAUGCGGCUAAGGGUAAGAAGAAUUACGAUCGACAAGUCAGGUGUUCAAGCCUUGAACCGGGAGAGCGUGUGCUAGUGCGCAACCUCACGCCUAGAGGAGGUCCAGGUAAACUUAGAGCAUAUUGGGAGGAAGCUGUACAUGUUGUUGAAUCGCGUAAAG